AUGCUGAGCGCUGAACAAUUACAGGCCCUUGAAAAGGAGUGGAGUACCUCUGCGGAAGUCAUUCCAUCACCAUCGCCAACAACAAGUUCUCGUUGGUCUUACUCUGGUAAACAACAAGAAAAAGGAUUUUCAUGGAGCGAAGGAGAGAAAUAUGAUGAAGAGUUAAUUUGUAGUGGUGCCCGUGAUGGUGGUAAGGGAGCAGCAGCAGCGUCUUAUCAAACUCCAACGAAAAAAGCAAGCUCAACCUGGUUAUCAUCAUUAUCAAAAUACAACGGCUAUGGCAAUGAGGGUGAUGAUGAUGCGAAUACAAAUCAUUCUCCAACACCACAUCAUUCGACGCCAGGGUCAUCGCCCUCCAUACAACCACAACAGCAAGGUUCAUCACCAUCAUCUUCUCCGAGUAAACAACAGCAGCAACAUCAGAGUCCACGAAUUACAGUUGAUCUCAUAAGGGAUCUUUGUUCUCGACAACACUUGUAUCAAACACCUUAUCUCAACGACAAAUUGUUCCUUCACUUCAAGGGCUUUAGAAAAAUUGAAAACCUAGAGUUGUAUAACGAGGUGAAAGCAUUGUGGUUGGAAGGAAAUGCAAUCACGGUCAUUGAGAAUUUAGGACAUCUCACCAAGCUACGAUGUCUCUACCUCAAUCAAAACCUAAUUACAAAAAUUGAAAAUUUGGAAAAUUUGACAAAUUUACAAACCCUCAAUUUGGCAAAUAACCACAUCAGUGUCGUUGAAAAUUUGGAGACUUGCACUCAGCUUGAAACUCUCAAUCUGGGAAACAACAAAAUCUCUAAUAUUGAGAGUUUGAACAUGCUCUGUAAACUACCUCGUCUCUCUGUUUUGGAUCUAUCAAGUAAUCAAAUAACUGAUCCAGAAAUUGUAAAUAUUCUUUCUAAAAUUCCCUCACUCAGUGUAUUAUAUUUGAAAGGAAAUCCAGUGGUGAGCUCAUUAAGAAAUUAUAGAAAAGUGCUCAUCUCUUCAAUUCCAAAGCUCAAUUAUCUUGAUGAAAGGCCAGUGUCACCUGAUGAAAGACGAUGUGUACAAGCAUGGGCAAAAGGAGGACCAGUGGCAGAGGCAGAGGAGAGAAAAAAGAUUAUUGAGGAAAAAGAAAACCGGCAUGAAAGAGAAAUGAACGCUUGGUUAGAAAUGCAGCAAAAAGCAUCAGAGAGGAGAAGUCAGGAAGAAAAGGAAGGUGUGUUAAAACGGAUGUAUUACAUUGAAAAGUUGAGAGAAGCAAAUCUUCCAAAAGAGACUGCCAUUCCGCUUUCCUUACAACCUUCCUUGGAAAAAGUGGAAGUUCCAUCGAUGAACACAUCUCUGGAGAAAGAAACCAUUCAGCAAAUCAAUCGGGUGGAACAAACGGUAAUUCCUCCGAGAGAAGCUUCCACACCAAAAGAGAGCCCACCAAAGGAAUUGAAUCAUGCAAUUGAAGGUAUUGUAUGGAAUGCAGAAAUUAGACAAGUGUUGUUGCAAUCUGUACGAAAGGAGCUGUUCAACUUUGAGAAGGUGUCGAAAGUCGUCCAAUCUUUUGUGUUGAAAAAUUACAAAGUGCAAGACUCAUCCAAACAGCUUGUCGAAAUGAAGGAUGCCACCUCACACGACAACAAAACGUUCUUGGUUUCGGCAUGUGCAUACACAUCCGACAGAUGCCGGAUGGAGUAUUCACGACUGCACAAGGAUAACCAAGACGCUCCAUCGAAGGAACAAUUGAACUCUCCUCUUGUUGAAAUUUGGCAAUCCAAGAAAUUAUUUUAA